UCCCGUGCCCUGCCAUUGCCCUCCCUGCUGCAUGGGACACGGCACGCUCUGAGCGGGGCACAGCCCAGGUAGGAGUGGGGUGGGCAUGGGACUUGGCAGGGCUGGGGGCUGAGCACUACGGGGGUGGGGUAGGGGGAUGAGUUUGACCCUUUCCUGUGGGCACCCACACAUCCACCCCAUACAUGGGAUGCUCAGGCUGAGCCGUGCCAAGGGGGGGGGUAAUCUCCAUGUGCACCACUUUGGUGUGUAAGGGUGAACGAUUCAAGCGUUGGGGGCUGAAUGUGACCCCAGUCCUAAAACCACCCUCCUGGAUCACUGCAACCCCUCCCAGAAAUACGCGGCAGCUCCAGGAAGGCAGCUCAGCCCUAUGGCUGCGGGUGGGGAAGGCGCAGCCGCCAGGCGGUGAGGGCAGGGGGGCUGCGGGGAUCCUGAAAUCCCUUCCUCAGCCCCAGCUGGUGCCGUACAUCACACGGGCAGUGCAAGGAAGGACCCGUCAUUACCACCUCCCAGCAGGGACAGCCUCGCCACGCUCAGCCCGGGCUCCUUCCCGCGGUGGGGACCUGCGGCCGCCCCAGCCACCAAACCCAGCACCAUGGUGCGUAACGUGGAUGACUUUGACUUCUGCCUGCCGUCGCACGCGCAGGGCGUGCUGGAGGGGCUGCAGCGGCUGCGCGCCCACCCCAAGCUGUCGGACGUGACACUGCUGGCGGGCGGGCGGGAGUUCCCCUGCCACCGCGGCGUGCUGGCGCUCUGCAGCCACUACUUCCACGCCAUGUUCUCUGGGGACUUCGCCGAGAGCAUCGCGGCACGUGUGGAGCUGAAGGAGGUGGACCCCGGCGCGCUGGAGACGCUGCUGGACUUCGCCUACACGGGGAAGGUGACCAUCAACCAGGGCAACGUAGAGGGGCUGAUGCGCACCUCCAGCCAGCUGCACUUCCCCACCAUCCAGCAGGUGUGCAGCCGCUACCUGCGGCAGCAGAUGGACGCCACCAACUGCCUGGGGAUCUGUGAGUUUGGCGAGAGCCACGGCUGCCCCGAGGUGUCCUCCAAGGCCUGGUCCUUUUUGCAGGAGAACUUUGAGGCUGUUUCUCAGCAGGAGGAGUUCCUCCAGCUCUCCAAGGAGAGGUUGGCCGUCUACCUCUCCAACGAGCAGCUGCAGGUGCAGGAGGAGCAGAGCGUGGCCGAAGCCGUGCUGCGCUGGGUGCGCUACGACCCGGGACAGAGGGCCCAGUUCCUGCCUGAGCUGCUGGAGCUGGCCCGCCUGGUCUCGCUGCCUGACCACUACCUGCAGAACCUGCUCGCCACAGAACCCCUCGUCCGUGACUCAGCCGCCAGCCAGGCUUUGGUGGCCCGCUCCCGUGCCAUGCUCGGUGCCGCCGGCACUGUCCCCAUGCCACCAAAGGCAGCCCCACCACAGAAACUGGAGGAGGUGCUGGUGGUGGUGGGUGGGCGCGUGCUGGAGGAGAGCGAGGACGAGGAGGGGGGGCUGGAAAUGCCGGCCACCCCCAGGAACUUCGCCUUCUACAACCCCAAAACGCGGCGGUGGAUGGCUCUGCCCGACUUCCCUGACUACAACAAGUGGGGCUUCUCUCUGGUAGCGCUGAACAAUGAUGUUUAUGUCACUGGUGGUUCCCGAGGGUCCCGGAAUGACACGUGGUCAACAACGCAGGCCUGGCGCUUCUGCCCCAAGGAUGGUGUGUGGACAGCCAUCACCUCCAUGCUGCGAGCGCGGACCAACCACACCAGCGCAGUCCUCAACGGCGAGAUCUACGUCCUCGGGGGUAAGGUGAUGCUGGGGGGACAGGUGGGUGGUUGUGACACGGCACAGAGGGCUGCAGCGUGCUACUGCCCUGCAGGGACGACGGUGGAGGUGGUGGAGGUGGAGCGCUAUGACCCCUACAACCAGAGCUGGGCAGCCAUCAGCCCAGCCCUCAAAUAUGUCAGCAACUUCGCCGCCGCCGGCUGCCUGGGCAAGCUGUACCUGGUGGGCUCCUGUGCUGUCAAGUACAACGCGCUCACCCUGCAGUGCUACAACCCUGUGCGAGAUGCAUGGAGUGUGAUCACAUCCCCAUUCAUCCCCAAGUACCUCUCAGCCCCACGCUGCGCCACGCUGCACGGCCUCAUCUACCUCAUCGGGGACAACACCAAGAAGGUGCACGUCUACGACCCCGAGGCCAACAUCUGGCAGAAGGUGCAGCUCCUGCACACUCUGCAUGAGAACGGUGGGAUGGUGCCGCUGGGAGAUCGGCUCUUCGUCACCGGCGGCCACUGGAAGGGCAUGGAUGGGGAUUACCGGGUGGAGAUGGAGGUGUACGACUGUGCCAAGGACCGCUGGGUGCGGGAGGGCUCGCUGCCCUGCCUCUGGCUCUUCCACAGCUCCUCCUCCAUCUUCAUGGACACCUCCAAGUGGACUGAGGCUUUCCCAGGGGACCAGGGGUGGUAGCAGAGCUGACAGCAGUGGCCCAGGUGCUGGUAGGCUCAGCCCCAGCCAGACAGGGAGCUGCUUGCAUUCCCUCACAUCUCACUGCCACCCCAUCUCCCUAACCCUACCAUAGACACCAGCACCUCAGCUUUUUUUUUUAAUUAAAAAAAAAAAAUGCUUUUCUUACUCUCUGAAAUCCCAAAACUUUUGGGGUAUUUCAAAGUUGCUUGCUCUUCCACCAGCCCCCUUUCCCCGUGGCUUUGGGAUCUAGAGUGCCAGGGGAAGCAGGGCAAACCUCCCCAGUGCUGAAGCUGCUCAGCGUCAGCUUCCCCUUGCACAGCAACACAGCAUGCACAUGACUAAGCUCCCCAAGGACAUGGUCCCACAAUGGUGACACAGCUGGCACUUUGUCAGCCCUUUCCUAGCUCUGAUACCCACAGCCCCAGGUCGGGCUGAGCACGAAGCCACACCUUCUCCGAGGCCAAUGCAGCCUCCAGCACUCUGCUCUUGGGAUGCUGGUAUUGUUUGAUCAAGUUGUUCCAUAGUGCUAUUGUCAUGUUUGACUCAUUAAACGUGCACAACAAGGAGCUCUGUGGCCUGCCUGUGUGUCAGGGUGGGGGAUCCCCAUGUUGCUCAGGGCCACAUACAGGGCUGGUGAGGCCCACCCUGCCUCGGAGCACGAUCUCUGCUGCUCUCCCAGGGCCACUUGGAGCACUUCACGCUCCAGAACCAAAGGAUUUCCUUCCCAGCACCAGAAUGUAGGAAACACAGAGCCCAAUCAGGAGCUCCCACUGAACCCCUGGUGCAUGGAGCUCCUUCUAGGCAUCAUACAAAGCUCGAGGAAACGAACAGCAAAGCUGCAACAUUUGAACAGGUGGCAGUUUGUGCACAAAGAUGCCUGCUCUCACCAACACCUCUACCAAAUGGAUUUAU